AGCAUGGUUCUCCACAGAGCCAUUCAGGCCACUCGAGAGGGGGAUGUGGAGGCUCUGAAGGCCUUGCAUGUGUCCGGAUAUCUCAGUCCGACCAUCACAGAUGCCCAGGGAGCUUCUCCCGUCCACCACGCCGCCCGCUGUGGGCAACUGGACUGCCUGGAGUUUCUGGUGAACGAAGGUCGUUUCCUCUGCCACACCCGCACGAAGAAUGGUGCCACGGCCGCCCAUGAUGCUGCUGCCACCGGGCACGUCCGGGAGCUGCAGUGGCUGCUACGACAGAAGAAGUGUGGGAUUGAGGAUCGUGAUGGUGAGGGAGCGACUGCCCUGCACCUGGCUGCCCGGUUUGGCCAUGCGGAGGCAGUACAGUGGCUGUUGUUUGAGGGAGGAAGCACAGAAGCAGAGACAGAUUGUGGAGCUCGACCUGUCCAUUACGCUGCAGCCAGCGGAGACCUCACUUCCCUCAAACUGCUCAUGUCCUGCUCCCCACGAUGUGUGGACUGCCAGACAGGAACUGGAGCCACUCCACUGUAUCUGGCCUGUCAGGAGGGGCAUCUGCAUGUGGUUGAAUACCUGGUGAAGGACUGCGGUGCAAAUGUCCAUGUACAGGCCAAAGAUGGCAUGAGUGUGUUGCAUGCAGCUGCCCACAUGGGACACUAUGCCCUGGUGGUCUGGUUGGCCUCCUUCACAGAUCUGGAUCUGUCCUGUCAAGAUAAGAAUGGAGCCACAGCACUGCAUUUCGCUGCUAGCGAGGGCCACCAUCGCAUUGUGAAGCGUCUUUUACUGAUGGGAGCAAAGGUCCUGAAAGACCACUGGGGUGGGACCCCCCUACAUGAUGCAGCGGAGAAUGGAGAACUGGAGUGCUGCCGAGUGCUGCUGAAUAAUCACAUCAGUCCACUGGAGAGAGAUUCUGAUGGGUAUACUGCAGUGGAUCUGGCAGAAUACAAUGGCUGUCAUGACUGUGCCAACUUCCUCCAUGAUGCUGAUGCCCACCAGUCUGCAGAUAUUGUUCUCAUAGAGGAGGAAAGGACCUUGUUUAGCACACCUGACCCCUACCAGGACAUUAAGGACCUGUCCUGUGAACUUGGACAUUGUGGCAGGAUGGAAAAUAGCAAGCCGGUGAAUGAAGUCCCUCCCCAGCCUCGUUCCUCUCUACCAUACCCGGAUGACACAUCCACAUUACCGGCCACCUCACAAGAUAAGAGAGCUGGAUCUGGAACCAUACAGCAUAUGCAAGUGGCCUCUACAGUUGUAACUUCAUUCAACUUGAGGAAACACCUUGAGGAUGAGGAUGCACUUUUAUCCCAAAAGACAAUGAGGUCGCUGAAACAAGCAGGAAUCACUGCAGUCUUCACUGGACAAACAAUAAAUAAAGUACAGAGUGGAAUUGUACCACUUGCAACAUUGGAGGCAAAUCUUGCUGACAUUGAUUCUCUGAUCCCAACUCAUGACGAGAACGGGAAGCCCAUUGCUGAAUGGAAGAGGCAGGUUAUGGUGCGCAAGCUUCAAGCUCGACUGCAGGACGAAGAUGUCCUCAGCAGAAAUGACAACAGCAACCAACACACUGAGGUGGAUGGCUGGAGGUAUUCCCAAGUCCACAAUGUCAUUUUGGGCCCCUUUGGAGAACUGCUUACUGAAGAUGACCUGCUCUACUUGGAGGGACAGAUUGAAACUAUCUCCCUUCAGAAACGAUGCCAGGCCUAUGAACUAGAGCUUGCCCGACUGGCAGAGGAACUCAGGACCAUCCUUCCUGCACCCAUCGUUAAUAUCACCGUCAACACCCAGUACCAGCAGCUCCCAGACAUGGAGGAAUCUUUGCCUCUUUCUGCUUGGUACAAUCGUAUCUCAAAUAUAGUAAAGAGCAUGUCAAACCUCCUGACCAACCUCUCAGAAACAAAUGGUGAAGAUGGGAUCAGUAAGAUGCCAAACACGGAUCUGACAUCAGUCUGCACCUACCAGCCAGAGAGGCAAAGUUCAGUCAAAGGACGAAGGCAAAAGGUGGAAAUGGAGAUCCAGCAAUCAGGAGUUUCUGUGAAAAAUUUGAGGUCCAACUUUGAGGGUCAGAUAGGAAACAUCUACCCAUUUUCUGGGCUUUCAAACAACACAUCAGACACAAGGCAGCAAAAACUGACUACAUCAACAAAUCGUAAGGAGCAGCAAAUUGGGACAACUCAAAGCACUGACAUAAAUCACAUUAAUGACAGUGCCAUAAUAUGCCAGCAGGUACCGGGCAAGGAUGCAAAUCAAGUGAUGGAGACCACCUGCUUGCGGAAGGAGCGUAUUGUUGUUCUCUUUUUGAGCCACUGGAAAAGGUCUGCGUAUGCAAUAUCAAUGCGAACCAAGAUGAAACAAGAGAUUGGCACUCUUACAGGAGAAGGAAUAACAGCUCCAGUCUCCAACCCAGGAAACAGAUCACUGUAUGAUCUUUAUAGGCAAAGAACCACAAUAGACAAAAUGAUUGGCAACUGGAAGCGCAUCGCCUCAGGGGUCCCUACACGACAGAUCCGGAGCCUCCAAAGGAAGCGCGUGACAUACUCGCCCGAGCAGUUUCUUCCUCGUGUGGAUGGCGCUCCUGUUGCUUACGACAGCCUAACCCUUGACCUGUUCAUGCUCGGCUAUUUUCACAUUCUUGAGCAGGACCUCCCAGCUGAGGAGCGCAAGAUGAGGCACCUGCUUUGCUUUGAAGUGUUCGAUCACGUAGGGAAAUUUCCCUGGAACAUGGUCCGAGACUUCCACCUGACCGUCCUCAGGGAGAUUGAGGCUGGGAGACGUGAGUGGAAAGAUGGUUUUGAGGACAUCAAAAUGCAAUAUUUUGGGAAAAGAGAAAAUGGGAUAUCUAAGGAAUCCGUGAAUAAAUCUUGUGCUGGGGUUAAAGCUGUGCCGCAGGUUAUCAUCGAGAAUACUGUAUCAACUGAUGGAGGACAUUCCACUAGAGAUGGAAGCAAUGAUUUCUCAGUGUUUAGCAAUGAUGAAAUUUGUAAAUAUAUUGAUCGUAGUUUCACCUUCUGGAAGGAGAAAGAAGCAGAGUUGUUUGAUUUUUGAGAUUUUUGAAUGCAGUGAUGGUUUAUAUUGUAUGUGAACACAGUAUAAUUGAGAAUUAUUUUGAAUGCAACAUAAUUUUGAGGCUUUUUGAAUACAGAUAAAUAAAGGAUAAAAAAGAUGUUUGUUAUAUAAUAAAUUAUGUUAAUUAAGUACUUUAUAAUGUAGCAUUAGGUAAAAUGUACCUUUUAUAAAUAAACACCAUGAUUACACAAUGACAAGAAUCUGGCCAAAAGACUAUUACAGCCACAUGCAUUCCACAAAUUUUGAUGUCUGCCCUUUCUCUUUUAUAAAUAAACCACUGUUUUGUUUGAA